CUGCAGUGGCCAUAUUUGUUGAUGUGUCAUGAAAAACGACUUGUUGGGCCGAUCAGCUGGCAGGACAGACAGACAGACAGACCCACGGAUAAAAGUUCACAGGUUUUUGUUUUUUUAUAACCCAAGCUGCCUGAAAAAAUCGUGCUACUCAUGGACUUACCACGCUCGAAGUGAUGCAUAGAAGGCGCCAUGGAACAAACCGAUGCAGCCUCGGGUGCGCACGAGAUGAAGGGGUCUGACGUGGAGUUGACAGGUGAAUUCCCACAGAUGACGCAACUCCAGAACUGCACACGUGAAGUCGAAAAACAAGAACCCACGUCGGAUGAUUGCACAGCAGAAGAAUUUGUGCAGACAAAAGGGGACUUCAUCAUAACUACAACAGAUAGUUUUUCAAAGACAAAGAUGGAGGAACAAGAAGGAGUGGGUGGGCCUGCCUCUGAUGACAACUGUGAUAGUAUUACAUGUUCAACCGAAGAGAACAAGCCGGCUCUUUUAAAUGAAGGCUGUUUGGUGGCCUCAGGUGAUGCCGUUGAAAGCCUGCCCUCUGUUGACCCUUUGCUGACUUUUCACAAAGAUUCUCCGAACAGCGACGAGGAGUCAUCCGUCAGCAAGGAGCCGUCGCCGCUCAGCCACGAUGGAUUAUCCCAGAGUCCAUCAUCCCCAUCAAUGCACAGCACUUGCAAAAACUCACCCCCUGACUCCACGACCACUACGUCCGGCAUCUCAAACGGCCCCUCCACCCCCACGUCGGACACCGUCAGCUCCUCGCUCGCCUCCAGCCCCCAACCCUCCGCUUCCACGUCCAGCCUGUAUGACACGGAAUGCAGCCGGAAGCUGAUCUCCCAGAUCCAGCGGUCCCUGUCGCAGGAGUCUCUGCUGGACGAGCUGGAGUCGGAGCUGAUGGCGUGUCAGCUUCCCGAAGUUGAGCGAGAACGCGGGAGGAAAGGAAGCCCACCCGUCAAUGGACUCCCCUCGGAGCAGGAGGACUGCAUGUUGGUCUUUGAGAAGUGUGUCCAGUACAAGUAUGCACAGCAGGAAAAGUCCAUCCAGAGUUUGCUGGAGGAAAACAAGAGACACCAGGAUCUAAUCCUGGGCAUUUGUUCUGAGAAGGACAACAUGAAGGAGGAGCUGAAAAAGAGAGCAGAGACGGAGAAGCAGCACAUGGGCACCAUCAGGAAAUUGGAGGGCAUGGGAAAGGAGCUGCAGAGGGAGCUGAAGGAGACUCGGGACAAACUCAUUCAACAGGAACAGGCGGCAAAGGCUGGCCUGAUGCAAAUGCAGAAGGAGAUGACCUACCGCCUGGAACAGGUGAACAGGAAGUGUGAGGAAGCGCGCCAAGAGAAGGAGACCAUGGUGAUGAAAUACGUGCGUGGAGAGAAGGAGGCCCUGGAUCUGAGACGGGACAAGGAGAGUUUGGAGAAGAGGCUGCGGGAGGCCACAAAGGAAGUGGACCGACAGGCCCUGCGAGGGAACCAGCUAGCGCAGGAAAGAGGCCGCCUGCAGCAGCUGUGUGAUGCCAAGGAAGGCGAGGUCAGCAGGCUGACUCGCGAGGUGGACAAGUUGAAGGACGAAAUCAACUCUCAUCUUAUCAAGGUCAAAUGGGCCCAGAACAAACUCAAGAGUGAGGCCGAUGCCCACAAGGAGUCUAAAGACAGGCUGAGGGACGUCACGUCGAAACUGACGCAAGCCAAAGAGGAGACGGAGCAGAUCCGCAAGAACUGCCAGGACAUGAUCAGAACAUACCAGGAAUCUGAAGAGAUCAAAUCCAAUGAGCUGGAUGCAAAACUGAGGGAGACCAAAGGAGAACUGGCGAAACACAAGCAGGAACAAACGGACCAGUUAGAGGUGCAUCGCGUGAAGGCCAAAGAGCUGGAAGACCUAAAGAGGAGUUACAAGGAGAGCAUGGAUGAGCUGGACACUCUUCGCACCAAGUUGAAGUGUCUGGAGGACGAGCGUCCGCGCUGGGAGGACGAGCUGAGCAAAUACCGGGAGAUCAUCAAUAGGCAGAAAGCCGAGAUCGGGCGCCAGAGAGAUGAGCUGAACAAGAUGGACGUGCUCCAGGACCAGCAUGAACGGGACCAACAAGAGCUCACGUCCCGAUGCGACGAGGUAGACUCGUUGAACAACCAGAUGGCCGACCUCCAGCGCGACGUGCAGGGAAGCAGGGAGCGCGAGGCCGAGCUGCUGGGCUUCACCGAGAAGCUCAGCAGCAAAAACGCGCAGCUGCAGUCGGAGAGCAACGCCCUGCAGUCCCAGCUGGAUCAACUCGGCAGCAGGUUCGCCGAGCUGCAAGCCGAGCUGGAGGAGACCAGCAGCGCGCUGGACGACAAGUCGCGACGGCUCAAGCGGGAGGAGGUGCUGAGGCAGCAGGAAGUGCGCGGCCUUCAGGAGGAGAGGACGGCGCUGGAAGGCGAGCUGGGCCAGCUCAAGACGCGAGUCGACGAGCUGAGAGACGAGCUGGUGACUCAGAAGAGGAAACAGGCGGCCAACAUCAAGGACCUGACCAAGCAGCUGACACAAGCUCGAAAGCGACUGGAGCAGGUUGAGAAUGGAGGCUGCGACCGCGAUGGCGGCAGCAUGGGCAGCCGAUCGAGUUCCUCAGGUGCUUCAUCUGGGUCCUUGAACGCACGCCACGGGGGCGGAGUUGAGGAGCGCUCGCCGGAGAGCCACUCGGGUCCCUCUGUGGUGGUCGUGGACAGCUUCCCGGAGGUGGACAAGGCCGUGCUGGUGGAGCGCAUCGUCCGUCUGCAGAAGGCGCUGGCCCGCAAGCAGGAGAAAAUUGAGUUCAUGGAGGAUCACAUCAAGCAGCUGGUGGAGGAGAUCCGUAAAAAGACCAAAAUCAUCCAGAGCUACGUGCUAAGGGAAGAGUCGGGGGCCCUCUCGUCAGAGGCGUCAGACUUCAACAAGGCCCACAUCAGCCGACGGGGGGGCAUCAUGGCGUCGCUGUACACGUCCCACCCGGCCGACAGCGGGCUGACGCUGGACUUGUCGCUGGAGAUCAACAGGAAGCUGCAGGCGGUGCUGGAGGACACGCUGUUGAAGAACAUCACUCUCAAGGUACACUCAAGAUUGGGAGAACCUUCAGACAUUGGGCGCCGAGAUCGAGAAGCUGAUAAAACAGCAGCGAGACCCCGUAGACGGAGCGAGGAGGAAGUAAGUCAAGGACCAAGGACUAUUUGAAGGACGGGCUUUUCAAAACGGAACACCUUUUGGUCACCUCGCAUCCAGAACAUGAAGGACUCGUACGAAUGUGCCAGUAGCAUCCUUUUGGAGACCACCUCCUUUUCUUCUUCACGUUCCGACUUACUUGAAUUGUCCCGGCGACUUUGCACCUCUUUUGGUACAACAGAUCUUCCUGGUCGUGAGCCAUGCCGCGAUUCCUCUGUGGACUUUUUACCGGCUAGGAGAUUGUGAAAUGUAGACUCACUCUUCGGCUGGAAAUUCUCACAAACAAAAUGGACUCAUAAGUGUGUGUGGAGGGGAGGGGGGGGUAAUUUUUGUCUCUUGGUUCUAUCGUAGACAACGCCAUCCGCCAAGUAAACCUCAAUGCCAAAAUAUUUUCAAAAUGCCGCUUGGCUAAUAAUGCACUCCAUAUGUGAAGCGGCAGCCAUUUUGUGACGCGGUGCUAGACGACGUUUGCAAGCAUCUCAACCAGAAGCUCUUUGAAAUGGAAGAAAUUGUACAUAAUGCCAGUCUGAAUGUGAUUUAGUUUAAUUCAUUUUCCUUUUUUGUUUCACAGAUUUUAUUUCCCCAUGUUUGAUUGUUCCAGCCUUUUUUUUUUUUUUUAACUUCUGUUUUCUUGAAUAAGAUAAAUUAGGAUUGCUGUCAAUUUAAAUGGACUUUGGAAGAAUUACCUCCAAACAUUUUUGCUUUCUCUCUCACUUGUCACAACAAAUUCUCUUUCCAAUGACUUAAAAGUUUUUAUUUUGAUCGUAAUGAUUACGACCUUGAAGGUGACCGGAAAUUGAAAAUUCUUGCCAUUUAGUGAAAAUAUUGCCUUUUUUUCAGAUAAGUUAGAAGCAACAUUUUUAAACAAAACAUUUUUGUUAGCUUUCUGCUCACCUUUGUACAAUUAAAAUUGAAAGCACUAUUUCCUGACCCACAAAAAAAGCGAUUUUCUUUUUUUUUUUUAAUUAUUAUUAUUAUAUUUUUUUUUUCCUUCUCUCUUGCUCAGUUUCUGAUUUCAAUUCAUGGCUCCAUUUUUGCUUUUCCUUUUUCCUUCAUUUUGUUCAAAAUAAAAUAAAAUUAAGAUUAGAAUACCUUUGCUCUUAUUGCAGUAGCGCAACAGUACAGGAACUGAACAAGGUUAGCAGUCAGGUGAGAAAGACAGCGAAAAAGUGAAAAAAAAUAAACGAUUUCUAUGCAAUAAUAACAACUUUACAAAAGCAAUUUAUUAAGCGGCCUAAUACCGAUACCUGCUUUUAGUACUCGCCCAUCUCUAUAUGCUAAAUGAAUAUAAUUUUUAAAAAGUAAUCGUAAAGUUGAAUCGAGUAGGAAUUUUCACAAAAUGUUGUGCACUGUAAUUAGCUUCUUGGGUGAGAGUUACUUUAUUAAAAAAAAAAAAAAAAAACUUUUUUCUCCCCCCCCCUCACUAAACCCACUUUAAAAUCACACCUAAUUACAUAUUUGUGGCAAAAUUUAGCAUUUUUAAGUCAACAGGUGUCAACUGUCCCACGUUUGUAGAAUUUCCUUUUUUUUUUCCUUUGGGUGCGUCACCACGCGGGAUUUAAGACUUACGUUGAUUUGAAUGUAAAUUAGUGCUCAAGUUCGCUUGCUGAGUAUGGAAAUGGCUUAAAUGUUGAGGUAUUCUUAUUAUCUGUCUUUGUAGUGUCACUGAGUCGAAGUAUCUCUAUCUUGGUAGCUGCAAAACAAAUCUAUCCAGGGACAAAGUGCAAUGUGCGUCCUUUCUUUUAGUUUGGUUCUUUUUGUGUUUGCCGGUCGGUCUAAGCCAUGUAUGUGCACUGCAAUAUUUCGCUGGCUUUUUUCCUUCGAUCUCGCCGAGGGUUUGGUUUGGGGCUCACGUCCUCGCUGCACUUGUCGGGUCUUAUUGGCUCGACCGACCCACGUUGACUUUGAUGAUUGUUCCAUCGCGCGCCGUAAUCGCUCUUUGCUUUUAGGUCACACGCGCGCAUAUGAGAUGAAGGGAACGACGGCCAGUCGAUACAAAGGGUCUUGAUUUGAUCAUAUCUCACGCGGCGUCGCAUAAAACCGCUUCGGCGCGCUUUGCGAGAGGUCGAGCCCUCCAGCUAGGUUAUUUCGGAGAAAAUAUAAACGUAUUACACUCUUAACACGGAAAUGCAACAAAAUAGCCACAUCAGCGCUGUAACCUGCGGAAUUUGUGCGCCCAUCCUUUCAACCAGAACCCAGCAAAGCGCAGGAUCUUGCUGCUUUUACAAGGCAACACAGCACACCGCAAUCGAAUAAUUAGAUGUAAUGACACGUCUGCGUCAACGUUCUAAAAAUUAAUUUCCCAAAAUUCCAGCUUUUCCCCUGCGAACUGCAGCAACUGUGUGCGCGCUUUCACACGGCGCGCUGAUCGUUCAGAUCAACGCCAGCGUGUGGUGUGAGGUAUCAAAUCCUUCGGCUAUUACAAGGAGCGUGAAAGUCGCUUCGAUGGGAUUCGCAAGCCUCUGAUGAAAAAUGAUUUGGGUAGCUUUCAACUGACGCCUGUAGAAUGUGAUUUUUUUUUUUUUUUUUUUUUUUUUUUAAAUAUAUAUUUUUUUGUAUAAAUAUCCUUUUCCUGGUUCUGUGCAAUGACUUCUGUGGGCUCUGUCAGUGUGGAAUAUCCAAACUGUGAUUCUAAUAUACACUUGUAGAUACAUUUUUAAAUAGUGGAUAAUGUGUAUAUACUGUAUAUAUACAGUAUGUGUAUAUAUGGUGGCUCCAGGGAAUAAAAUGACAUGCGUCUUAA